AUGGGCGAAGCCAGGAAAAUAAUGAGUGUUCUGAAAGACACUGGAACCUCACGGUUUACCCAAAUACUUUUGGCAGAUCAACUAAUUCCCUCUGUUGCCAAAGCCAUUGAAGUGAAAGAGCGUGGGGAUGCUGAUGAGCUUCAGAAAGUCUUUCAUACCCCUCGUAUUGUUUCUCAAGGAUGUCAUUUUGCAUAUUCUUUGCCAGAGAAACGACCUCACUAUAAGCCUCUUAUUGCCUCAUCCAAAGCACUGAAUGAUCUACAAUUAGAGAUGGAGCCAGAGUUGGUGAAGCUUGUGAGUGGUGAGAAAGUUUAUUAUGAUCAGGACAAAAACAGUUUUCCUUACAGUAUGGCGUACGCUGGUUUUCAAUUUGGCCACUUUGCAGGUCAGCUGGGAGAUGGUCGUGUGGUGAAUAUCGCGGACAUAACAGACAAACACGGGAUCAAACAGACACUACAACUGAAGGGAUCCGGAUUAACACCUUUCUCACGUUUCGCAGAUGGGAAGGCGGUAUUGAGGUCUAGCAUACGAGAGUUUAUUAUAUCAGAAGCCCUGCAUCACAUCGGUAUUCCCUCUACUCGAGCCUUGCAUAUUACAAGUUUACCUAAAACAAAAGCGAAAAGGGCACUUUACGAGUCAUGCGCAGUCGUUUGCCGAUUUGCCCCCACAUGGGUACGUAUAGGCAACUUUGACCUAUGUAGAUGGAGACAAGAUCACGAAGGACUCGUCAAGCUAUCUGAUUUCUGCAUUGACGAAGUUUUCCAUGGUGGGGAGGCAUUUCCAGUAGAGCUUGAUUUGAAUUGCUUCAUGAAUGAUUUUUUUCCUGACAGUGAUGAGAAAGUGCCAGAGGGAAAAGUUUUAUCAAAGCUUGUUGGCACAACGAAGUAUGAACUGUUUUUUAGGCACGUCAUCAACCUGAAUGCAGAAUCAGUGGCAUAUUGGCAAAGUUAUGGUUUUUUGAAUGGUGUACUGAAUACGGACAAUACCUCGAUUAUGGGACUAGCAAUGGAUUUCGGCCCAUUCAGUUUUAUUGACAAAUUUCAACCUCAAUAUACUCCAAACCAUGAUGAUGUCGAGAAUCGCUAUUCUUAUGCGAAUCAAGCCGGUGCUAUUUGGUGGAAUUUAUCAAAGUUUGCACAAGCAAUGACCGCGUUAAUUGGAGCAGGUCCUAAAUACAUAGAUGGCAUAACCUCAAAGGGUCUUGGCGCCAUUACUGAGAAAAUGGAAGACGACAUUGUAACUAGAGCAAAUACCGUCAUUGCACUUGCAGCUAACGAGUUUAAAUUUAGAUUCACUACCAGAUAUGCGGACAUUAUGGCAAAAAGAAUCGGUAUUGACCUGGGUUUGAACAGUGUGACUAGCGAAAACCUGGAAAACUUGGCGUUGAAAGCUUCAGAGUUUAACCAUACCAUUAUUGAACCAAUGCUUCAGAUUUUAUAUUACACACAAAUUGAUUACAACAACUUUUUCGUCAAAUUGCAAAUGUAUGAUGGUGACUUUAUAUCUAACAAUAGCGGUGCUAUUAACGGAAUAGACCCAGAAUUUGUCAAAGUGUUUUUCACGGAAUCCCAAAUCGAAAAGUUAUCUCGUCACUAUUUCGAAGGUAAGGAUGAUGCAGAUUCUGGAGAGACAGUGCGUCUAGUUGAGUGUAUGGAUAACUUGAGGUCGUGGGUCCAUGUUUAUACUAGGCUUAUCCCUUCCGAGUAUAAACUUAGGUAUGAGAUUGCUAAGAAAGUCAAUCCUCUCUUCACGCCAAGGAGCUACAUUUUCGAGCAGGUGAUUCAGGAUCUAACCGAUAAGCAACGGGACAAGCUUAAUGACCCAGGAGCGGAGCUUGAUACGAGUUUACUUGAAAAGCUUUAUAAAAUGAGUGCGAAUCCAUAUGAACCUGCAAAAUGGGAUGAAAACCUGAGACCAGAGGUUGUUGAAGAUUGGAUCACUCAUGGCGAAGAAGAGGAUAAGUUCAUGAAGCAAUGUAGUUGUUCAAGCUGA